GACUUUGAAAGGGCAAAAAAGGCUGACUGUGCCCCUCCCACGUCAGAAGAAAUGGAUAAAGUGAAGACCACGCUGAGGCAGAUAAUGCGAGAUUGGAGUGAGGAUGGGCGUUCAGAGAGGGAAGCAUGUUACCAACCAGUGAUGCACGCUGUCUUAACACGUCUUGGGUAUGAACCAGAUGAUAACACUAAGCUUUAUAUACUUUAAAAAAAAUAUUUUUUGAAAAUUAAAUUGUGUAAAAGAAGAAGUAAAAAUGUUUUCUGUUUUGCUGUAAAUAUAAUUUGGCAUCAUUUAAAAAGAGAUUUCCAAUUAAUAAUUGCCACUCAAUGGACCAAGUUAUUAAAGUUAAAUUCAUGUUCCAUGUCUUAAGUUUUUUUAUAAAUUUUAAUUGUUUCCCAUUGUUUUAUCCUUUAGGUCACGGAAGCCGUCAGAAGUAAAGAUCUUAGUGCCAGGUGCUGGCUUAGGCAGGCUAGUAUUUGAGUUUGCCAGGCUGGGCUACUCAUGUCAGGGAAAUGAUUGGAGCUUACACAUGCUAUUAGCAUCCAAUUUUAUACUGAACAGGUGAUAUAUUUGGUUAUAUUUUUAUAGCAAUCCUUGUAUUUUUUUAGAUUAUUUGAUCUCCUUUACUUUUUUAAUAAUUUUUUUUCAUGUGUUUCUAGAAUAUUUGUUUUAUUUACAUUUAUUAACCUUCAACCUUCAGCUUGGCAGACCACUUUUUUGUUCAGUCCUAGAGAUAAAGAAUCCAGUAUUUAUUUUUUUAAAUUUUUUCUCCAAUAUAUGUACUAUUUCUAUUAUAACUUCCAUAAUCUGAACAUUUUUUAUUGAGGCAAAGAGUUUACAGAACUCACUAACUCAAAGCUGGGCUUUUUGUUUGAAUUUUGAGUCAAAGCCUCUUGGUAUGUCCUUGAAACUUCUCUCCAACCAAAUCAAGAUAUUUUCACAGAAAAUUUUGACUUACAUCUCUAUUUUAUCAUGUUAUUUAUAUUUAACACCCUGUUCAUAAUGACAUUGCACUGUAUUUAAUGCUGUAUAUCUACUUAAACACCCCCUUCAUAAUGACACAGGACUGUGUUUAAUGCUGUGUACUUGUUGAGCGCCCAUUCAUUAUGUCAUAUCACUGUUUUUAAUGCAGUAUACCUGCUUAAACACUCCUUCACGUUAACACACCUCCGUGUUUAAUGCUGUACACUAGCUUUAGGCUUUCUACAAAAUUUUCUGCCGAGCUGGUCAUUACUGUUUUGAUUUUAAAUACACCAAGGCUUUAGAAAAAACAAAUUCAUAUAUCUGUCACACUAAACGUAUGGUUAUUUUAUUUGCACUACGCUGGAAUGCUUAUUUUUAAAAUGUACAUGGUUUAACAAAUGGUGACCUGUGAUACAAAAUAUUUAUGAUUUAAUUUCAUACCUUGCCAAAAAAUAAUGUUUGUCAUCUACAAUCAGGUGUCAAGAAAGAAAUUCAAUGGUUUUCUACCCCUGGGUUCACCAGUACACUAACAACCUAGCCACUAAAGACCAGACCAGGCGCUGCAUGUUUCCAGAUAUAUCUCCAUUACAGAUCAGUUCAGAGGCAGACUUCUCUAUGGUAGCAGGAGACUUCACUAAAAUAUACACAGAGCCAAGUAAGCACCUACUCAGAAUGAGGCUGGCAGCCUAUGCGAUUUUAUUUUAUUUCUAAUAGUGCUAUAUUAUGCUUUGUUGUUUAUUUUAAAAUGAUGUCAUGCUAGUGGGAUUAGAUAGUUUACUUUCAUGUUUUAUGUAUGUUGUACAUAUAAUCAAAUUAAGCCAUCCACUCUAGUGAUGAAUCGUAUCAUCUAUGCAUAUUAACAGAUCCAAAAUACACUUCUAUUAUUAAGGAUUAAGUUCAUUUCAUUCAGCCAAAGUUUUUUGAACAAUUUCAUGCACGAGACAUGAAAACAUCAUCCUAAGGCAGGCAUCCGCUAACUUACUUUUGAGUAUCCACUAGGAAUUUAUUUUAUAUCCAUUAGAAAAAUCAUUGGAAAUGUAUUGCACUGGAACUGUGCCAAUUUCAUCUUCUAAAUAGUUAAGACAAAAUUGUUAUAUGAAGAUGGGGGCAAAUUAUUAUUUUCUUGAGAAUUGAUGUCUAAAGGCUUUGAAAGCAAAAGUCAAAAGAUGAUAAAGUAAACGUUGUCAUUUCAGAUUAUUCUAUGAAUUGUUAUAGCUGUUUGAUUGGUUUUAAAUCCUUGGUAGCAUUGUUAGAGAUUUCAAACAAUGGACAUCAGUGAUUUACCACUGCUAAUAUUGUUUUUUCCCCUCAGAUUCCUGGAAUGCUGUAGUUACUGUAUUUUUCUUAGACACAGCUCACAACAUUAUUGAAUACCUGGAAACCAUUUUUACCAUUCUAGUUCCUGGUGGAUACCUGGUCAAUUUAGGUAACUAGGUUUCAUCCUUUUAGAUACCUUGUUAAUUUAGGUAGCUUAGAAAGUAUUUGAUAAUAAAGAUGUUAGUUAAUUUUUGUUUUGAAGGAAAAUUCAUUAUUAAAGGUGACAGAAGCUUGUGUAGGUUUAUUACUAUAUAGUCUUCUACUUUACAGGUCCAUUAUUGUACCACUGGGCCGGACAGGUCAACGAAAUGUCUGUAGAGCUAAGCUAUGAAGAGGUUAGGAAGGUGAUGCUGGACAUUGGGUUUGAAAUUGAGGUCAGUCUACAUGCGUCUGUUGGAAAUAUUCAUUAAUCUUGUAACAGAGUUAAUUAUAACAUUCUCAUUCACGUGUCAGGCAUUGAGGGAAUUUAAAAAGUCUCUUUAACCCUCUUGAGAUGACUGGGCUGAUAUAUGGGGCCUAAGAGUCAUCUGCGAAAAUAAGAAAGGCAGAUCCACCUGUCCAAUAAUACAAGCCUCGAGAUAGGCUGGCAGGUCUUCAUGCUAGCUAAUCAAAUUGCUUCUCACAUUUCUUGCUCAUCUGGGGAUUUAAAUGGCAGCUUCGUCCAUUGAUAGAUUACAAGGUUCUGUCAUUUAUAUUUUACUUUUUUUAAUUUUAUACCAAGUGACCCUAAUAAAUGAUUAAACGCUAUAGUUCCACACAGCAUAAGCACCCCUAUUAGAAUAUUUUAUGCUGUUUUUCACAGUGAAUCUCAUUUAAAUGUUUGUUAGGACUAAUUUCGGCUUCUACAUUCAGAAAAUUCACCAAAAUAAGCAAAGUAAGACACGUUUAAUUCAAGUGUAAAAAAAAUUGCAUGCAUAAAUUAUGCAAAUCAGGAUAUCUCAGAAUUCCCUCCAACAAUCCAUAUACUUGUAUAUUUAGAAAGUAAUUAAUUAAUUUUUUGUAUACAUUUUUUUUUAUUGUGCAAAGUUAGAGCUGGGCUUUUGAAGAGAGCUCCGCUAGUCCAAAAAGGCUCCGUCUCAAGAGGGUUAAUUAUUUCCUUGCUUUCUUUUAAUUUUAUUCCCCCCUCCCUACCCAAACCACACAUUCCCUUUCCCCAACCACUCAUUCUCCCCAACCACAAUCCCCCCGUACCUCAUAUUUCCUUCCCCCAUCCUCAGAUUUACCCCAAAGUGACCUGAAUGCUCAUUUGUAACAUCUAAUACAAACUUAACAUGGUCAAUGAAUGAGCAUUGAAAUUUAUUUGAUUAAAUUGUCUAAAAUUUGAUCUUAGCGUUCUCUUUCACUUAUACACACUAGCGACCAUGGGAAUACAAAGGUGGGGGUAGAACAUCCAAUAUGGAAAACUACUUAUCAAUCCAUUCAGUCUGUAAUGCUAUAUAUAAUGCUUCAAACUUACAGUCUACCAGUUCGGGUCUAAUGUUUGCAAAGUGUUUUUUAAAAAAUGCUUUUUUUAAUAUAAAAAAAUUGUUGCCUUUCAGAAAGAGGAGAUGAAUGUCCAUUGCUCAUACACACAGAAUCCAUUGUCACUGAUGCAGAGCUACUACAAUUGUGUCAUGUUUGUGGCCAGAAAGCCGAUACCACGUUCAUCACACCACGACCAAGGUAGCUAGUGUGUUCACAUUGCAUUUCUACACUGAGGUGGCGACAUUAGGAAAAUAUCUUAUCUUUUACAGCUGCUGUUCUCAACCUUUUUAGUGCUGUCACCCAUUGAUAUCAUAUACCAAGUUGUGGGAACCCACAACCGGGAUGGUGACCCACAACUAGGAUUUAUCCCAGAAUUUGAGAAACAGGUGCUGAGAAAUAAUAAGGGGUUGGGUAUUGCCUGUAAAAGCUGUAAAAGAAAAUAGCCAGGUCAUAAUAAAUAUUAUUUAAAUUUUAACGGAAUUAUGUUACAAAUAAGAUUAAAAUUCAGAUUUUUAACCCCUAAAAAACCUUCACAUUUUUUAAGUUCUCAAAUGACCCUGGGCAUAUCGUCAGGCUACCCACUGAUUUACAUGGUAGCAUUUUGAAACAAAAGCUAUUUGAAUUAAUGAAAAUGAAAAACCAGGUACAGUAAUUGUACCUCUGAGCAAUAUCAUUGGGAGGAAAGCCACAUGUAACCUAUGGUUGGUCAUCAGUGGCCAUGGAUAUUGCUAUUAAUAGAUAGGCCAUAACUCAUUGUUUUCAUUUCUCUCCCCUCCUAAGAUAACUCUCCUCUUUAAAAAAAAAGAAAAGUUGAUUAGGUAAAUGGGAUUGCAAUAUAUAGUCCCACCAGCUUCACCUGGAGACCUAAAAAGUUAUUUCAUGAAAAAGGAACCAGUAGGUCUGGAAGCGAGUAAAUUAGAGAUGUUUUUUAUCAGGAUUAAAUUUCAAGCUGAUGUUGUGUUACGUCAGGUUAUCUGGGGUUAAAAUAAGUUUUAUUAUUUUGUUAAAUCAGAUAAGUGUCAAUAUCUUGACAGCCAUUAUUUGCAAUGUUGCGCCAGACUGGAAAACGUGAUCUUUGAUUUUAAAAGAUACUUAUUAAUAACCCUAGCAUUAGAGAUGCAUUCAUCUAAAGAUUUUUUUAUUUGGAUGAGGUUAAACGGCUCAAACUGUAACCAAGUGCUAUCUCUUGUCUGUGACUAUGUUUUAGGCAAUAUUUUAUGAUUAUUUAAUAAUACAAGCUGGAUUUUACUUUAUGAUGUAAAACUUAUGUGUGCAAGUCAUUCACUUUCCAUAGAAUUCAAAUAUGAAUAAAUGAAUGAUUAAUGUCUUUGAAUACUGCGACACAUUAAGUUUAUAUUUUAAUAGAUAUUCCUGGCCAAUUUUUCCAAAAUAAAUAUAAAUAAACCUUUUUUUUUAAAUAAACAAAUGGGUUGUAGAUUCCUGAAGUUGCUAAAGGAAAAUUAUAGUUCAAAUAGUGUUUCAGGAAUGUUUAAAAAACAUUAAUUUUAUUUUUAUUCUGUCAAUGCAAUUUAUGUUGAAUUAAUAUUUAUGGAUAUAUAUAAAAUAAAUAAUUUAUUGUAUACAAAUAUUUUGUAUUGUACAUUAUUUUGCAGAUACUUAAAUAUUGGUCAGAAAUGUCAAUGUAUUUUUAAAAAAGUGUUGAAAUUGAAAAUGCCUCAUGCAAUUGCAAUUCAAUAUUACGAUAUCCAAAUUUGUGACGAUUAUUUUAAAUCCUACAACUUAAUAAACUAAGAGGAUUUAUCC